CUUGGUUUGGAGAGUUUCUCAAAUUUAAAAGACGAUUCAUGAUGUGGUCACUCUUAAUGCUCUUCUUCCUACCCCUGUUCGUCUUUUCGAUAGAAGCACAUCCCUCAGCACCAGCACCUGGCCCAGACGGAAAGUACACUUUAACAGCACCAGGAAUCACAGCGAAAUUCAUCGCAUACGGUGCAAGCAUCAGCAACUUGAUUGUGAAAGAUCGCAAUGGAAUCGAUCGAGAUAUCAUUCUAGGGUACGACAAUGCCUCAUUCUAUCCCGUCGACCCAAACCAUCCCGAUUACGGCCCAGUCCCAGGACGCUACACAAAUCGAAUUGCGAAUCACACGUAUGUCAUUGACGGCAAAAGAUACUACACUGAAGCCAACGAUGGGAAUGGAACACUUCACAGCGGUCUGAAUGGCUGGUCCCGGAGAACUUGGAAUGUUUCUGACGUGAGCGAGAACAGCAUAACGUUUACCAUCCGGGAUGAAAGGAAUUCUUCUCUUGGCAUGCCAGGUCUUGUCAUCGGUACUGCUACCCACACUUUGUCAAAAAGCUCUUGGUCUACAAAACUUACUGGGGUUGCUAAGACGCACAAAACGCCUUUGAUGUUGACGACUCAUCCUUAUUGGAAUCUUGAUGCGUUCGGUAAUCCGUCCACGGACUUGGUACUCAACCAUACCCUUAGUUUGCCAUUCGGAAAGAGGAUCAUUGGGAUUGACCCGAGUACUCAGUCCGAUGGAUCGCUUCCGAGGAUUACAAAGGGAAGCAUUAAUGAUUUCUGGAGCGCACCCAAGGCUUUGGGCACGAAUAGUGUACAAGCGGAAUGGGUAGGAAACUGUGGAACAGGCAGUGGGUGCAGUGGCUACAACAAUCAAUGGAUUGUUGACAGGAGUGAAAAAGAGUCCGAAAAACCUAUUGCGACGCUCUCAAGCGAUUGGAGUGGUAUAAAAUGGGAUUUGUAUUCUGAUCAAGCUGGUGUGGUGGUUUAUACAUGUUAUUGGAUGGGAGGUGGGUUCCAACUCUCUAUAUACUGUCUUCAUUUCAUGCUAAUGACCAAAAAGGCUCCAAUGAGUUGAAAGCUAGUCAACUUGGCCCCGCCACCAAUGGAUUUGUAAAGAGUAAUGGUUGUGUUGCUGUGGAACCACAUGACUGGAUUGAUGGUAUCAAUCAUCCAGAAUGGGGCAGAUUGGACAAGCAAAUUUUCGGCCCUGAUACCAAGCCGUUCGAGAGCCAUAUUCAAUACAAGUUCAGCACGUUUUAAGAGGCUGGUGAGUGGACUGUGGGUAUUGCGGCAUUUUCAAUAACAUAAUUUCGUGUCUCGUUUGCUAAGCGAGGUUUGUAAAGGGGUGGGAAUGGUUUUGUACAUAAAGAAGAAAGGUGGAGACAAAUUUUACAUUCAGCGGUAGUAUUCAAUAUUUUCACUGCGAGCAAAUUUACGCGACUUGC